AUGGCUGAGGACCAGACAUUUCUCCAGGGUCAUGGAAAACUCCCCAACGGUCCUGGAUCAGAGUCAGCAGAGUCUGUGCCUCACCAAGACACGCUUCUGGAAAAGCCAGACUGUGACCAGGAAACGUGGCAUGUUCGCUUCAGAACAUUUAGCAGCUCGGAGGCAUCUGACCCCGUCCAGGAUCUGAGGAGACUCUGCGAGCUGUGCCAUCUGUGGCUGAGGCCAGAUCUUCACACCAAGGAGCAGAUGAUGGACAGGCUGGUGCUGGAGCAGUUUAUGAUCUGCAUGCCACUGGAGUGCCAGGUCUUAGUCAGGGAAACAGGGGUGCAGAGUUGCAAAGACCUGGAGGACAUGCUAAGAAAUAAGCAGAAACCCAAGAAAUGGGCCAUAGUCCGCGUACAAGGACAGGAAUUUCUUGUGCGAAGUUCAGAAGAUGAGACGGUUGAAGCCGAGGCCAGUGACGUGAACGAUGGGAGAGACCUUUGGCCAGAGCCCCAACCCUCUGUGGGCACGAUACCUCCAGAGAACUACCAGCAGAGAGUCUGGGAGAAGGUAGAAGAGGUGCAGGUGGAUGUUGCUGCUAGAACAAUGGGGAGUUUUGGCAAAGGACAGGAAGGGACCCAUUGA